GUGGCGUUGGUUCGCAAAUUUUUCGACCGGAUCUUAUGAAGAAUCGCUGUCGGGCACCGACAUGCUUCCGUUUUUCCCAUCACUAAGGCCGGCCAUUGCCAACAACUUGUGGUUUGCGGCGGACGAAUGCUGCGACGAGGAUGCCGAAGUGAACGCAAUGGAAACGGAGAACCAGGAGUGGCUCAAUCGGAUCGGUCAAAUCGGAGCGGAUUUAGUACCGAUUGGAAAGAAUGUUAACGAGCACACGGACAAUAUGGAUUCGGAAGACGAAGAUGCCAACGACGAAAGUGACGAUUCUGACAACUCGGAUGAGGACGACGAAGACAUGGAUGAGAUCAACAAUGCAGCCCGGGCCAACGACCGCCUGGUAAUGGAAACGGCCUACAACAACACGGAUGAUGAAAUACAACCGAACGAUACCCUGUAAUCCUGUGUACCAUCAUCCAUUCCAUGGAAGUUUCUUUCGUUGUGAUAAAAAAAAAUACUUCUAAUACACGUUAUUAUAUCUCACUUUAUUUGUAAUAUGUAACUUGAAAAAAUUACUAAAAAUACAUUUACGUUUCCUUAGUAAA